AUUUCUGUCCUGGGCAGUCCAUAGAUCAACUCGGUUUCGGUUCCAGUAAUUACGCUACUGGUAAGUAGGGUUUUGCCGUUUCCGGAAUUCAAAACAGUCAGUAGAAUUGGAGAAGAAGAAGAAGAAGAAGAAGAUGUCGUCGUCGUUGUCCACUUCAACGACCUCCUCGCUCACCGGAAAACUGACUCCUAAUUUGGACCAGCACUGCACUAAGAAGCUCAAUCUCACGGUCCUCCAAAGAAUUGACCCCUUCAUUGAAGAGAUCUUGAUGAUCGCUGCUCACGUCACUCUCUACGAAUUCAACCUCGACCUCAAUCAGUGGAGUCGAAAGGAUGUUGAAGGGUCUCUCUUUGUUGUUAAAAGGAACACACAGCCACGGUUUCAGUUCAUUGUCAUGAACCGGCUGAGUACAGAAAAUCUUGUGGAGGAUCUGCUGAGCGAUUUUGAGUUUGAAAUUCAAGUUCCAUACUUGUUAUACCGUAAUGCUGCCCAAGAAGUGAACGGUAUUUGGUUCUACAAUACUGUGGAAUGUGAAGAGGUUGCCAAUCUCUUCACUAGGAUUCUAAAUGCAUACUCAAAAGUUCCUCCAAAGCCACAAGCAACUCCGACCAAAAGUGAGUUUGAAGAACUUGAAGCAGUGCCAACAAGUGCAGUGAUUGAGGGACCACUGGAACCAUCAGUUAAUCCCACCAUUUCAUCAGUUCAGCCUGAGGAUUCUUCUUUUGAAAACUUCUUCAGUACGGCUAUGAAUAUGCAAAAUAGCUUCUCAAAGGGCUUACAAUCCGGACAACUUUAUCAUACUAGUGCACCAACUGCUCCUUUAUCCCAUGUCUCAAAUGUCACCCCCUCUUAUGCUCCAACUGUCCAAGCCCAACCAUUUUCUGGAACCUCUUCGUCAGUUCCAAUGAUGACCACGCAUGAUGGAUCUGACCAUAUCAGCAGUAAUAGAGUUGCUAAUCUAGUCAAGCCUUCUUCUUUUCUUGUAACCUCUUCAUCGUCUUCAUUGUUGAUCCCACCUGUCUCGUCUAUUUCAUCUCCUGCUCUUCAUCCUCUAUUGAACCUGCAGCGUCCGCAUGGUACCCCAAUGCUUCAGCCAUUCCCUCCUCCAACACCACCUCCAUCUCUUACUGCAAAUCCCACAACUGUGACAGAAUAUGGACCUGUGACAAGGGAAAAAGUUAGAGAUGCACUUCUAAUGCUUGUUCAGGAUAACCAAUUUAUUGACAUGUUUUACCAAGCAUUGCUGAAAGCGCAUCAGUCAUGAUAUCGUUGUAACCAUAACUUUGUAAAAUAUAGUUGUGUGUGGUUAGUUUGUAUAUGCCUGCUCAAUCAAAAGGGGAUAUUCUUGUGGAAGUUUGUGGUUUAUCCUUUCUUGCUGUCUCAGUGGUUUCAGGUAUGUGUUAGCAAUUGUUGAUAAUGAUAUGAACAAUUUGAUUUAGGGGUCCUAGCGAGUAUACAAGUAGAUGUAUAGAUUCCUCUUGCUGUGGCUUGAUUGCUUCCAGAGAUAUAUUUGUCCAAUUUAGUUCGCAAAAGGUGGCGGCAACAAUGGCAAAGAGGAUGGGUAUCAGAGAAAAUCCAGUUGUCACCAUUCAUCGUUUCAACUUAUUAAUUGAGCUGAUUUGAAGUUUAUUAACUU